UGGGCGGCGCGCGGGCGGCACCGCCCCUCCCCUCACAUGACCGGCGAGGUGUUGGUCGCGCCCGCUCGCCUGUACCGCUCGCCUGUCGUCGCCGCCGUUGCCGGCAUGGCGUCGCGCUGCUCCUCCGCCUGCCCCUUCCUCCUGCUGCUGCUCGGCUCCUCCGGUUUUUUCCAGUCCUAUGCAGUGGAAGUAGAUGUAAAGGAUGCCUCUAAUGCUACAUGCCUGUAUGCAAAAUGGAUGAUGAAAUUCUUGAUAAAAUAUGAAACAAACAGUAGUGAUUAUAGAAACACAACCUUGAAUUUGUCAUCCACUGUGACACACAAUGGAAGCGUCUGUGGCAAUGACACACAAGCUGCACUUCUGGCGGUACAGUUUGGAGAAGGUCACUCUUGGAGCAUUAACUUCACAAAAACCAACGAAACUUACCAAGGGGGCUUCAUCACAUUUAUCUACAACACCAAUGAUACUGCUGUAUUUCCUGAUGCUAAACGAAAAGGACCAGUAACUAUUGUUGUGAAGGAUACUAUGCGUCCAGUUCAACUGAACAGUGUCUUCGUGUGUCAUAAUACUGACUCUCUUGAAGCAGAAAAUGUAACACAGAUUUUCUGGAAUGUUACUGUGCAGGCUUUUGUUCAGAAUGGCACAAUUGGUAAAAAAGAGUCUAGAUGUCGUGCUGAUACACCUACUUCUGCACCUACUGUUCUGCCUACUAUUGCCAACGUAACUACGGCAUCUACCACCACUUGGUCGCCUGCUCCAACAACUGCUCCCAAACCUGUGGAGAACCCAGACACAGGAAACUAUUCUCUUAAAAGUGGAAACAAAACUUGUCUUCUGGCUACUGUGGGGCUGCAGCUGAAUGUUUCUCAAGACAAGCCUGUUCUGAUCAACAUCAAUCCAAAGACAACUGUGGCAGAUGGUACGUGUGGUAACACAACAGCUGUUCUGAGAUUGAAUGAUGGAAAUAGCACAUUGAUUGGUUUCACGUUUGUUGUUAAAAAUGCAAGUGCAAGCGUACAAAAAUUUUAUCUGAAAGAGGUGAAUGUUACACUGCUCAACAGCCUGAAUGGUUCUGUCAUCUCAAAUGCAGAUAACAACAAUUUCAGCAAGUGGGAUGCUUUCCUUGGUAGUUCUUAUAUGUGCCGAAAAGAACAAACUCUUGAGAUUAAUGAAAAUCUUCAAAUACAUACUUUUAAUCUAUGGAUUCAGCCGUUCCUUGUGAAGGCAGAUAAGUUCUCUACAGCCCAGGAGUGUUCGCUGGAUGAUGACAGCAUUCUAAUCCCAAUUGUAGUUGGUGCUGCACUUGCUGGCUUGAUUGCCAUUAUAGUGGUUGCUUACAUAAUUGGCAGAAGAAAAAGCUAUGCUGGAUAUCAAACUUUGUGAAUCCAAAUGCGGUUCCUGUUCCGAUUUCAUUCUAAACAAAGCAAGUGCAAGUUCUGAAGUCCAAAAAAAGACCCAAAAUUUAGGAGUAAUUACUAGCCACAGCUAAUUGGAGUUCAGAAACAAAGAGAGAAUGUUUAUCUCAGAUGAAGCAGAACUACGUUUUUAGUUUUCCUGCUCUAAGAAGACGACGUGGGUUUCAUAGCUGUUGUGAAGAUGUCAAAUAUCGGAUGAAUUACUAGGCUAAGGAUUUUGUCUUGCAAAAACCCUAAAUUGUUUAGGAUUAAUUUCUGCUUUUUACAAAUUGUAGCCUGAAACAAGAACACAUUCUAAACUUACGUGCAUUGGGCAACUGCCAGAAUAGCAUAGAAUUUGUACUUGCUUCUCCCCUCUGCGUUCCUUAGUUGUUGUCAUAAUUGUGGGUUCAGCUGGCAGCAUUAGUCACUAUGUUGACUCGUGUAGUAUUUAACAAGGGUUGUAUGAUGCCUAGUAACAACUUCGUUUUUCAUAGAAUUGAACUUUAGGCUGGUGAUUAAGUGAUCUUUUGAAGUGGCAGCAGUAACUUACUUAGCUUUGACAGAAUUUGAGUAGUUUACUCUUGCCUUGGUGUAGUUUCAGGAAUCAUUCCUAAAGCUUGGCUGUACAAACAAAAUGGGUAACCUGUACUUGCCAAAUGGUGGAUAUAUAGGAAGACUUCAGUGCCAUUUCCACAUACUUAAAAAAAAAAAAAAAAUAUUAGUGUUAGGCACUGAAUUCUUCACCACUUACCAUACCUUGGUAAUCAUCUAAAAUACUCAACUGAGGCAGAGUUCUGCUAAAUUAAUGCAAGCUUUUUUUGCUGAUAUUGGUUUAAAGGGAAUAACUUUUCUAAAUAUUCCAGAACUUUGAAGUGCACUUAACUUUAUAUCAUACUCUGCACAGAACUGGUCUGUCUUGUUGCUUUGAAUGACCACUGUUUAAAGAUGCUUUCAUUUAAUGAGCCAGUAUCUGUUGUUGCAGCUUCAGCUGUCUUUAAAUCUUCAUCUUGAAUGGUUCUCUGCCUAUCAAAAUUCCCAUUAUAACUGCCCGCCAUUGGCAUUCUGAAUGUUUAAUGUACUUUGUGUUUGAUUGUUUGCUGUGUAGCAUUUAUUAAUGUUAAGAAUGCAAAAGCCAAACGAGUGAGAUAGACCCACAGCACCUGUCUCUCCUUGCAGUAUGGAAAGGAUAGCGAUCUUAAAUACAGUGCAACUGGACUGUUUUUAAAGUGCAGCUCUGUAGAGAUUAACCCUUGCUGCCCACCUUUCCUCUGGCCUCCCUGUGCUAUAAUACAUAGUUUUUACUGCAUGGAAAAAAAAAAAGUCUCUUAGACUUUUAGAUAGGUGAGGCUUUUUUGCAUAUGUCAUAACAUGAGCUGCCGAAACUGUUAUUUAAUGAACAUAAUGUUGUCUCCCUCUUUAGAAUGAGUUUAGCCUGCAUCAAAGCUGGUUUAGUGUUUUAUUAGUGUUUUCUAGGGUUGUAGAGAUGUCUGUGGCAUGUUUGUAUACAGGUCAUAAAAUACACUUCUUUCAGUAAUUUUUCUUUUGUAAAAGCAGUUUACUCUUGACACUAGCCAAGGAAGCAAGUAUGGGUGGAUAAUGCUUGCUAUAGGUUGUAGACUACAGCUCAAAUUUUGCAUCAGUUACUGAAAUUCAUUUUAAUGAAAGUGGGGAACUACUAAGUUUAAUCCUAAAACAGGCUUCAAGACUUUCCAUUUUAAUUAAAACAAAAUUGUUCUAAUGAUUUUCAUAUUAAUAUACCCUCAAAUGCAGAAGUUCAUACAGAUUUUUAGCAAUUUUGUGACUGAUGCUCAGUGGUACCAGUUAUACAUGCGUUUCUGAUAAGGAGUAAUUACCAUGCUGUAUUCAUCUGACCAUGCAAACUUUUGAACGGGGCACGGUUUCUAAGUGACAGUGUAGAAGAUUAGUGCAAACUGCUCCCAAAAUGCAACAGUACUGGAAGUAUCUUUGCAAAAACAUGCAACUUAAUCUUCAUUUGCAAGUAUAUUGGCUGAGAGAUUAAAGUACUCCUAGACUGAUGUGCAGGUAACUGGUUCAGAAAGCAUUUAAGUUUCGCCUAACUGCCUGUUGUUAUAAAACCACUAGUUUUCCUGUAUGUAUUGCUUUGUAGGGAACUGUCAACCUGUUCAACAUGUGCUCUGAAUAAUAAAGAUUGUUCUAUUUCUUAAGGAAACUUGUUCACAUUUUUUAACUGAUUUGAAAACAGACAUCUUGUACUGUCUUUUUUUAAAGAAAAUAAACUAAAUGAGUGAGGUCAACUUUGA